AUGGAAUUUUUUUCUUUUUUUUUUAUUUUAGGGAUAAUUGGCUCAGGAGUAAUGGUUGUUUCAGCGUUAAAUCCUGUUCUUUCUAUUUUUUGAUUGGUUCUUGUUUUUAUAAAUUCUGCAGUUUUUUUCCUUUUACUAGGAAUAGAUUUUCUUGCUUUGAUGUUUUUACUUAUUUAUGUUGGGGCAAUAGCUAUUUUAUUUUUAUUUGUUAUUAUGUUAUUAAAUCUAACUGACUAUCCUCCGGUUUUAAAAAGAGAGGUUGAUAUGACAAAUUAUAUACCAAUUGGAUUUAUAAUUGGGAUUUUUUUUUUUUCAGAAAUUGCUUCAAGUGGGUUAUUUUUGGGUUCUUUUCAAAUAGAGAAUUGAGACCUUUCUUUUCCUUGAUUUCUUAUUUCUUAUCAUAAUAUUGAGGCCUUAGGGCAGAUUUUAUAUGUUUCUUGUUUUUGUUUAUUUCUUUUGGCCAGUUUUAUUUUAUUAGUUGCUAUGAUUGGUGUGAUUGUAUUAACUCAAGAAACAGAAUUUUUAAGUAAAAAACAAGAUCUUUUUUUUCAAAUAAAUAGAUAA